GAAAACAUCCCCACUCAAAAAAAGAGCAAAGAAACAUGGACGAACAUUGCAUGCCAAAAUCUGCACAAAUAGAAUUCAAUUGCCACUAGAACCCGAGAUUUGGAAUUUGAGUUGUUUUCUUGUACAACCGUACUCGCUAGUCUCAUCAAUUCUAUGUUAUUUUCAUGCAGAUGAUUGAUUACAAUGUACCAGGAGGUGAGGAAACACCGAUCUCAUUCAGCUCCAGGAACCUGUUUUCGGUUACGAAAUUUGGGAAUUAUUCAAAGCAAAAGCUGCUGGUUCUAUCCGUCCAUAAAUGAAACCUAAUAUUGCUAAGUUUUCAUGAAACACCUUUAUUUUUUUGAAUUCGUAUAGAUUAUGUUAAGAUGCUGACCUUUUUAUUUUCCUCCAAAGGGAAACUGAAUCGAGGUCUAUCAGUGAUUGAUAGUUACUUGCUGUUGAAACAAGGAAGUGAGGUUACUGAAGAUGAAUUUUUCCUUGCUUGCGUCCUUGGUUGGUGUGUUGAGUGGUUUCAAGCAUGUGCACUGCUGCUUGAUGAUAUCAUGGAUGGUUCACACACCAGGAGAGAUCAGAUAUGCUGGUACCGACGACCCGAGGUUGGUCUUCGAGGUAUAAAUGAUGGUAUUCUACUUAAAUGCCACAUUGCACGUUUGAUCAAAAGAUACUUUAGAGAAAAAACUUACUACAUUGAUAUCUCUGAAUUAUGGAACGAGAUAGCUCUGCAGACAUCUCUAGGACAGAUGCUUGAUCUUAUUAGCUCACAUAAUGGCGCAGAUGAACUUGCAAAAUACAAUAUAGAAGGAUACCGUCGUAUUGUCAAGUACAAGACAUCUUACUACUCAUUUUACCUCCCUGUUGCUUGUGCAUUGCUGUUAUCUGGUACAAAAUUGGAAAACUUCAGUGAGCUAAGGGAUAUACUUAUUGAAAUGGGUGUAUAUUUUCAAGCACAGGAUGACUACUUGGAUUGCUUUGCGGAUCCUAAUACCAUAGGCAAGAUUGGGACUGACAUUGAGGAUCACAAGUGUUCCUGGUUGAUUGUACAAGCUCUGGGCCAUGCCAAUAUUAACCAGAUAGAAGUAUUGCUUAAAAUUUAUGGGAAGAAGGAUUCAGCCUCGGUUUCAAAAGUGAAAAAUACUUACUCGACUCUUGAUUUGAAGGACAUGUUCUCCGAGUUUGAAGAUCGAGCUUAAAAGCACUUGGUCACAUCAAUCGAAGCUCAGCAUGACCUCGCGGUGCAGGAGAUCUUGAAAUCGUUUCUGAAGAAAAUCCACCGAAGGAAAAAGUAAAAGAGUGAAAUCUGACUCGUGCGGACAACAGGACAGCUGCUUGCGUCAGGAGGACAUCUGCUGCAGCCCUAUCCUUCAGAACAUUCAGAAAUCUGAAGAAAAAGUUGAUGAAGACGACGAGGCUUGGGUUCCCAAUGAUUUGUGCCCUUAGUUACAUUUCUAUCUUCUUAUCGGUCAGUUCCAAAUGGUUGGUAUUUCUGUAUGUUUGCUACACAGCUAGCUAAUAGCUAGUACAUGCAUUCAUGCUUGUUUCAUGUGAACUGUGUCGAAUGCUAGUGCAUGUUUUCCUGCGUGAAUCAAGGGAACCAAGUCGCCGCAAAUGGAUGGGUUUUCUGGCUCUU